AUGCGAAUAUUUUUCAUCAUUCCAGAUUCUUCAUUUCCAGACAGUGUUUCUCAUGACGUGCCCAUAGCCUUGAUUAUUGGACUAACAGUCGGUAGUUUGCUUUUCUGCAGUCUGCUUGUUGCACUGAUUGUGUUGCAGUGUCGACGUCGAAAGUUGCAAGGAGAUUAUCACAAAACUGAUUUGCAGCGAUUUAGUUCAGCUAUUGCUCUCAACGAUUGCGACGCUGAUCCAGAAAGCCCGCACCACAAAGUCAAUUCGUCAAAAUUGAAAUCCCAUCUACCAAAGCACGGCUACAGGCUCAUUCCAAUGCUGAGUAGCUUUCCAAAGGUCCAUAAAGGGUUCAUGUCUCCAGCCAAAAACGGCAGUAAUCGUAGAAACAGUAGUAGUAGCUUGAGUAGCAACCCAAACUGUGGAGGGCAAAGGUCGAGUGACUUGACUCGCAGCAAUGGAAGCUCCCCCAUAGUUAUGUCGCCUGCAGCUGCCGCUGCCCGACAUCAAUAUCGGUUGGUCCCCGAUGCUGACAUGCCAUUGAGAAUCUACAAAAACCCAGCCGCAAUGAACAACAGCCCUAAAACCAACAACAAAAACAAAAAAAUUGUGACCAACAAAAACAUCCAGAUGUCGAUGUUGGCUAGAAUCACGUGA